AAAAUGUUGGAAGACCGCAGAAGGGACGGCCGCCGGCGGCAACUCCAAAAUCCGGGUUGAUUGGGGCUGAUGAAUUUCCUAAGGUGCGCCGUGAAGCACCCCAGCAUUGCCCUCAUAGACGCCGCCACCACUCUCAGGGAGCUGAAGCAGAUCCACGCGCAGCUCAUGUACGGCGGCGUCACCGCUGACGCCCAUCUCUGUGGCCAAUUCACCGCUGCUGUUGCCCUCCGGAACCCCGUCAACCUCAAGUACUCCGUCUGGGUCCUCGACCAGUGUGAGGCCCAGACGCUGUUUGCUCUCAACUCCCUCAUCCGGGUCCACUCCAAGGGCCCCACCCCUCAUAGUAGCUUUCAUUUCUACCGCCGGAUCCUCGGCUCCCCUGACAAUCUCAGGCCCGAUAACUUCACCUACAACUUCCUCGUCCGUGCCUCUGCGGCCCUGCCCGGGGGUGGGCCCGGUCCCUCAGUCCACUGUGCUGUCGUCAAGCACGGGUUCGAGGAGGACCCACAUAUCCAGAGUGGGCUGAUAUUCAUGUAUGCGGAGAUAGGCUGUCUAGGUUCAUGCCACCGGUUGUUCUCCGGCAUUGCCAGUCCAGACGUGGUGUGUCAGACUGCGAUGGUAAGCGCGUGCACGAGGUGCGGGGACAUUGAUUUUGCCAAGAAGUUGUUCGACGAAAUGCCCGAGAGAGACCCAAUUGCUUGGAACGCGAUGAUCUCGGGUUACACCCAGCGCGGGAAGCCAAGGGAUGCGCUGGAGCUGUUCCAUUUGAUGCAGCUUGAGGGCGUGAGGGUGAAUGAGGUCUCUAUGGUCUCGGUCUUAUCUGCGUGUAGCCACCUCGGGGCGCUUGAUCAGGGAAGGUGGGCCCAUGCAUACAUCGAGCGGAACAGGCUUAAGAUCACACUCACGCUCGGGACCGCCCUCAUCGAUAUGUAUGCCAAGUGCGGGGACACUAGAAAGGCCAUGGACGUCUUCUGGGGAAUGAAGGAGAGGAAUGUCUACACUUGGAGCAGUGCCAUGAACGGGCUAGCCAUGAACGGGGUGGGUGACGAGUGCCUCAAGCUCUUCUCUCUCAUGAAGGAAGAUGGAAUUGUCCCUAACGAGGUGACAUUCGUGUCGGUCCUGAGAGCAUGUAGUGUGGCUGGCCUGGUUAGUGAAGGAAUCAAACAUUUUGAGGACAUGAAACUGGUCUAUGGAAUCGAGCCCCAGCUCGAGCACUAUGGAUGCAUGGUGGAUCUGUAUGGAAGAGCUGGUCGAUUAACUGAAGCACUGGAUUUUAUCAAUAAGAUGCCGGUUGAGCCCCACGCAGCUGCCUGGGGGGCCCUCCUCAAUGCCUGCAAGAUUCACAAGAACAUGGAGAUAGGAGAGCUUGCCUCAAUGAAGAUAGUCGAGAUCGAGGCCAAGAACCAUGGAGCCUAUGUCCAACUCUCCAACAUCUAUGCCGAGAACAGGAACUGGGACAGCGUCAGUUACGUUCGAGAGAUGAUGAAAUCCCGAGGGGUGAGGAAGCUGCCCGGUUGCAGUGUUCUGGAAGUCGAUGGCGGUGUCCACGAGUUCUUCGCUGGAGAUCAUAGGACCCACCCUAUGUCUAAGGAAAUUAAGGUCAUGCUGGAUGAGAUCAGUCGGAGGCUGAAGCUAGCGGGGUAUGUGGCUAAUACAGAACCUGUGCUGUUCGAUAUAGAGGACGAGGAGAAAGAGGACACUCUGUCUCUUCACAGUGAGAAAAUUGCAAUCGCUUUCGGGUUGAUAAGAUUGAACGAAGCAGUGCCCAUUAGGAUAGUAAAGAACCUCAGAGUGUGCUGGGACUGUCAUCAAUAUACCAAGAUGAUAUCAAGAGCUUUCAACCGGGAAAUCAUCGUUAGGGACAGGAAUCGGUUUCACCAUUUCAAGGAUGGGGAGUGUUCUUGCAGGGACUACUGGUGAUCCAUAUUCAGAGAAUAUUUCCCUGAACAAGAUGGAUUGGGCUGGAGUUGAUUCGAAAACCGAACUAAAUUGGACCAUAAUGUUAGGUUUGGAUGGGCUGAAACGGGGUGAAACACUCGAUGACGGUAUCAAAAUCUGUAACUUUGCAGCAGAGUGUGGCCCAAUUAACUUUCGGCUUCUAGGUUUCGAUCUCUUCUCUUGUUUCUCUAUACGGAGUGACUUCAAUUCGAGGUGUUUCCAGGAAGAUCCGAAGCUUAAAUUCGAUACUGCUACGCAGUUCAAUUAA